AUGAUGUUUCUGCAUUGUAAUUUCCGAGAUGACAUCAGGCCGAAAAUAUGGGCACGAUAUGUGGAUGACACAUUCGCUGUUGUGAAGAAAAGUGAACUACUACGAGCGGUGGAACUGCUGAACAACGUGUUUCCCGACAUCCAAUUCACAAUAGAAACUGAGGAGAACAACAAAUUGGCGUAA